UCUAUCUUGCAGAUGGAGGAGCCGGACAGCGGACGCUACUGCUAGCCGAUACUCGUUUUAUUUUUAAAUGAAACAUAUUUAAUGAAUUCCUUUCAGACCACUUUCUUUCUAACUUCUAUUUUAUCCUGCUGAGUUUGCAUAUGAAAUUUUAAGCCUAUUUAACGUGUGUGUGUUGUAUAGUAUUUAUUUAGCAGUAAGUAGCCCGGCUAGCAUCUUUGUUGGAAGUUUAGGCCUAAAGUGCUCACCGCUUGUCGAUUUUAACAAAAGCCGCCGAUACACUCCCCUCCUCUGCUUGUUUUGAUUCACUCGAAGGAUUAUCUUUGACAAAGCAAGGAAAACAUGAGAGAUAAACAAGCCUGGGCUUCUUUCAGAAACUAGGACCUUUGUUAUGCAGACGGACUUUUAAUUUACCAGGAGCUGAAGACAUUUUGAGAGCUGCAUCACAGCAAACAGGAUCACAAAGGGAACAUGUCCAACGGAGCAGCAGGCAGCGGGGGUCUGGCAUGGCUGGAGGCUGCGAAUGGCAGAGGUGACGGCGGCAAGAUGGAAGGAGCAAAGAAAGACAAGGCCAGCUCCAAGUUGUCUGUGGAGCGAGUGUACCAGAAGAAGACUCAGCUCGAGCACAUUCUUCUCCGUCCUGAUACGUACAUCGGCAGCGUUGAGCCCAUCACCCAGCAAAUGUGGGUUUUUGAUGAAGACGUCGGGAUGAACCAGAGAGAAAUCACCUAUGUCCCUGGACUGUACAAAAUCUUUGAUGAAAUUCUGGUGAAUGCAGCCGACAACAAACAAAGAGACAAGAACAUGACUGGCAUUAAGAUCACUAUUGAUCCCGAGUCGAACAUCAUUUCUAUCUGGAACAAUGGCAAAGGAAUUCCUGUGGUGGAGCACAAGGAUGAGAAGAUGUACGUCCCAGCUCUUAUUUUUGGUCACCUUCUCACUUCAAGCAACUACGAUGACAACGAGAAAAAAGUCACAGGUGGAAGGAAUGGGUAUGGUGCUAAACUCUGCAACAUCUUCAGUACCAAGUUCACCGUUGAAACAGCCUGCAAAGAAUACAGACACAGUUUCAAACAGACAUGGCAGAACAACAUGAGCAAGACCUCCGAUCCAAAGAUCAAAUUCUUUGACGGGGACGACUUCACUUGUGUCACGUUCCAGCCUGACCUGUCCAAAUUCAAGAUGGAGAAACUGGACAAAGAUAUUGUCGCGCUUCUUACCCGCAGAGCAUACGAUGUAGCCGGCUCCUGCAAGGGGGUCAAAGUCACGCUGAAUGGGAAAAAAUUACCGGUUAACGGCUUCCGCAGCUAUGUGGAUCUGUAUGUGAAGGACAAACUGGAUGAGACGGGUGUGGCUCUAAAAGUGGUGAAUGAAACUGUGAACGACCGGUGGGAAGUCUGCCUCACCAUGAGCGAGAAAGGAUUUCAACAAAUCAGCUUUGUGAACAGCAUCGCCACAACCAAGGGCGGUAGACACAUUGACUAUGUGGUUGACCAGAUCGUGUCCAAACUUAUCGAAGUGGUGAAGAAGAAGAACAAGGCAGGAGUGAACGUCAAACCUUUCCAGGUGAAGAACCACAUCUGGGUGUUUGUGAACGCUCUAAUCGAGAAUCCCUCCUUCGACUCCCAGACCAAGGAGAACAUGACACUCCAGACGAAGAGCUUCGGGUCCAAGUGCCUUCUCUCUGAGAAGUUUGUCAGAGCUGCAACCAACUGCGGGAUCGUCGAGAGUAUCCUCAACUGGGUGAAGUUCAAAGCUCAGACACAGCUGAAUAAGAAGUGUUCGUCCGUGAAGCACAGCAAGAUCAAAGGCAUCCCCAAGCUAGACGACGCCAACGAUGCUGGUGGCAAACACUCGUCUGAAUGCACACUGAUCCUCACUGAGGGAGACUCGGCCAAGUCUCUGGCCGUCUCUGGACUGGGAGUCAUCGGGCGUGAUCGCUAUGGAGUGUUUCCACUGAGAGGAAAGAUCCUCAAUGUGCGAGAGGCAACACACAAACAGAUUAUGGAGAACGCUGAGAUUAACAACAUCAUCAAAAUUGUCGGCCUUCAGUACAAAAAGAGCUACGAUGACGCAGAGUCCCUGAGGACACUGCGAUACGGCAAGAUCAUGAUCAUGACAGAUCAGGAUCAAGAUGGCUCCCAUAUCAAAGGUCUGCUCAUCAACUUCUUCCACCACAACUGGCCGUCUCUUCUGAAACACACAUUCCUGGAGGAGUUCAUCACACCCAUUGUCAAAGCGACCAAGAACAAGCAGGAGGUGGCCUUCUACAGCAUUCCAGAGUUUGAUGAGUGGAAGAAACAGACAGAGAACUUUAAAACAUGGCAUAUAAAGUACUACAAAGGUUUGGGUACAAGUACAGGCAAAGAGGCGAAAGAAUACUUCGCUGACAUGGAGAAACAUCGCAUCAUGUUCAAAUACAGCGGAGCCGAGGACGACGCUGCCAUUACUCUUGCCUUCAGUAAGAAGAAGACAGACGACAGGAAGGAGUGGCUGACCAACUUCAUGGAGGACAGGCGCCAGAGGAGGAUGCAUGGCCUGCCAGAGCAAUACCUAUAUGGGACUCAGGCCAGGCACCUCUCCUACAACGACUUUAUUAACAAAGAGCUGAUCCUGUUUUCUAACUCUGACAACGAGAGAUCCAUUCCCUCCUUGGUUGACGGUUUAAAGCCAGGCCAGAGGAAGGUGCUUUUCACCUGCUUGAAGAGGAACGACAAGAGGGAAGUGAAGGUAGCACAGCUAGCCGGUUCAGUGGCAGAGAUGUCUGCCUACCACCAUGGAGAGUCAGCUCUCAUGAUGACCAUUGUGAACUUGGCUCAGAACUUUGUGGGCAGCAACAACUUGAACAUCCUGCAGCCACUGGGUCAGUUUGGUACUCGCAUCAACGGAGGCAAAGAUGCUGCCAGCCCUCGUUAUAUCUUCACCAUGCUCAGUCCUCUUGCGAAGAGGUUGUUCCCCCCGGUGGAUUCAAACCUGCUUAAGUUCCUGUUUGACGACAACCAGAAGGUAGAGCCCGAGUGGUACAUCCCCAUCAUUCCCUUGGUGCUGGUGAACGGAGCUGAGGGCAUUGGGACAGGCUGGGCGUGUAAGAUUCCCAACUAUGACACCCGAGAGAUUGUCAACAACAUCAACCGCAUGCUCAACCACCAGGACCCACUAACAAUGCUUCCUAGCUACAAAAACUUCAGAGGGGUGAUUCAUGAACUGGGUCAGAACCAGUACCUGGUCAGUGGAGAGGUCUCGGUCAUUGACAGAAACACAAUUGAGAUCACAGAGCUUCCUGUUCGGACAUGGACUCAGGCCUAUAAGGAGUCCGUCCUGGAGCCCAUGCUGCAAGGCACAGACAAAACACCAGCUCUCAUUAGUGAUUAUAAAGAAUAUCACACCGACACCACGGUCAAGUUUGUGGUUCGGAUGUCUGAGGAGAAACUGGCCCAGGCUGAGGCUGCUGGACUCCAUAAAGUCUUCAAGCUGCAGUCCAGCCUGACCUGCAACUCCAUGGUGUUGUUUGACCACAUGGGCUGUCUGAAGAGGUAUGACUCAGUCCAGGACAUCCUCAAAGAGUUCUUCGAGCUCCGCCUGCACUACUACAAACUGAGGAAGGACUGGUUACUGGGCAGCCUAGGAGCCGAGGCCUCGAAAUUGUCCAACCAGGCCCGCUUUGUACUGGAGAAGAUUGAGGGGAAAAUUACAAUUGAGAACAAAUCCAAGCGUGAGCUGAUCCGCAUGCUCGUACAGAAGGGUUAUGAGUCUGAUCCAGUGGUUGCCUGGGGCAAAGCUCAAGAAAAGGCUCAAGAAGAAGACUUCAAUGACGGAGAUGACAGCGACAGCUCAAUCGACUCCGGCUCGUCAUCAGGACCAAACUUCAACUACAUUCUCAACAUGCCUCUGUGGUGUCUGACUAAAGAGAAGGUGGAGGAGCUGCUCAAACAGAGGGACAAUAAGAGAGGAGAGCUACACGACCUGCAGAGGAAAAGUCCAGAAGAUCUGUGGAAGGAGGACUUGGCAGUGUUCGUCGAGGAGCUGGACAAACUGGAGGCCCAGGAGCGAGAGGAGCAGAACUUCGGAAAAGCCAUCAAACUGAUCAAAGGGAAGGUGGGCAAACCUAAAGUGAAGAAGAUGAAUCUGGAGGAGACUUUGCCCUCACCGUUCGGUCGUAGGGUGGAGCCUCCAACUCAGGCAAUCAAAUCAGAUGCAGCCAAGAAACUGACUAAGAAGAAGAAGGGUGAUGUGGACCCAGCGGUGAAGCUAGAGUUUGACGACGAUGGUUUGGGCGGCGAAGGAGCAACAGGAGAAAACUCUGUGACCACGUCAAAGCCUCCAAAGGCUCCACGAGUAAAGAAAGAGAAGAAAGAGUCAACAGGAACUCCCAGAGCCAGAAAACCCCCAGGACCCAAAGGUUCUUCUGGAAAGAAGGUGAAGAAGAGAAACCCUUGGUCUGAAGACGAAUCCAAGUCAGACAGUGAACUGGAGGACAACGAGCAGCCAAUCAUCCCCAGAGAGACCAUCUCAAAGAGGCUAUCAGCUUCCAAACCAAAAUACACGUUCGACUUCUCCGAGGAGGAGGACGAGGACGGGGCAGACGAAGAGGAGAACGGCGACGAUUUUGUGCCUUCUUCUCCUGUGAGGUCUUUCAAAGAUGACUUCACCUCAUCUGCCAGGAAAGAGAGCGACAACGACCAUGAUGACAACGACGACUUCGAUGAAGACUCCUUUUCUCCCUCCAAAAAAAAGACCACGUCUACACCUGUAGCUAAGAAGGAAGAGAAAACCAGCAUCUUCUCAUCCAAGUCCGCCUUCUCUGAUAAGAGCAAUGACAGCGAUGGAUCCAAGUCAGACAGUGAUGAGGACCGCGGCAUCUUCUCCACUUAUUCCUCUUUCAGCAACCGAACGCCGACGCCAGCAAAGAAAGCAGCUAAGACUCCUUCUGAUACACCUCCCAAACCCAAGAAAACACCAGCACCAAAAGCAAAGAAACCAGACAAAUCCAUCUGGGACUCUGACUCUGACACUGGGUCCAAGAAGCCAACACCAGCUCUCAAAGGUAAAGGUCGGGGGAAAAAGAGGAAGGGCUCUGACUCUGAGGAGGAUUACAAUCCAGUGAAGAAAACUCCAAAACCAGCCGCCAGAAAACCUCAGAAAGCUCCAUCCGAUGACGAAGAUGAUGACUUGAACAGCCUGAGUGUGAUCAACGCUCUGUCCCGUGACCGGCCGGGCCGAGCCAAGAAGGAAGUGAGAUACUUUGUCGAGUCGGACAACGAUGAUGCGGACGACGAUGACGACAUGUUUGAUUAAAAACCUUUGAUCACAUUCAAACACACUCCUCCUCCUCCUUCUCCCUCUUUGUUCCCACAGACUUUUGUACAUUUCCUGUUUCAUUUUAUUUUCAUUAAUGGUGACGUUCAAUGAUUUCUAAUGUGUAGGUGUUUUACACUUUUUCUUAUACAUAUACAGGUUUCUUUUUUUAUGCUCAUUGAAAUGUUCUGUAUUUGUCCGAAAGCGGCUUUUAGAAGUUUAGAACGCUGUGCUUUAGCACAUUUUAAUUGUUAAAAUAAUAUGUAACUUUUUGAACAUGAAGUUGAAAGUAAACAAUGAAAUGUC